GAAAAAUGACCGAUCCAACCUCUUCGUCCAAGGCAACAACAACAAACUCUUCUUGCAGCUUGAACAAAUGGCGUGUCAUACCUAUCGUAGUCGUCUUUCUCAUCACUCUUGCUGUGUUGUUAUGCGUCUAUCGUCUCCGUACUGACCCAUCGGGGCCAUCACAAAUCACUGCGUCAUCUUCUAGACAUUCAACAAAAGCUGGGAAUACAAGGAAUCGCGCCAAGGAAUUGAAGAGCAUUUGGGAAGAAGGGCGUACCAACGAUCGGUGGAUAGUUGUUACAGACGACCAAGACACCGCUUUCGUUUGUUCUCUUUCCGACAUAGCAGCCGAAUUAGAAUGGCGAAUGCUCGUUGUGGGCAACAACAUCAGUUGCUGCAGGAAAACGUGUAUGCUGCUCGAUGAUUCCAAGUUGAAAAAUUUGCAGUAUGAAAUUCUCACGACUAUGGAGUCCACAUCCAGGGUGGAAGCUCGUCGUAACGCCGGAUACCUUUAUGCUAUUCAACAUGGAGCACGCCAUAUUUUUGACUCUUAUCCGGAGACGUACACGUCAGCAAAAAUUCCAUUGGAGACCUUCAAACGCGAAAUGCUUCGUCAGCUGCAGAACGUUGCCCUGAAUGUUGCCCUUGGCGUAGUUAGCGAGAGGCCUUACGUGAAGAGAGUUCAAAAUCCGUAUGCCCACUUUGGUCGGCCGGACCUCUGGACAGAAGGCUUCAGGCGGAAUAAUCAACGUUUCAUUCACAACCACAUCUAUAGGAUCUGCGAAGUCAGACCACCAUCUAUAGAAAAGUUUUUAGACAUAGACGAGGAUUACUUUGAUUGGGCAGCACCAGCCUUAACUUUGCCUGGAUCGACGGUAGCACCAUUUUCUUCCAAAAAUACCUUGUACUCGAUUGAAGCUUUCUGGGGACUUGUUCUCUUUCCGACCGGCAACUCAUCGCAAGCACCUACCAUUCCUCCCCAUCUAUUGCGAACAUUGUGGAAUCAAGCCGUGCUGGGAGACAUCGCCGGAAGUCUCAAGUUGUCCCUGGCCAACGUUUCUACGUUGCAAAGACGUGAGAAAAGCCGAAAAAAUCCAGCGGAUUUGCGCGAACCGGAUGGCCUCGCCAGCUUCCUGCUAAAAUGGACGUGCUCGACCCGUUCGUCAUUGAGCUGCACGCGCGAUCUCUUCCAGACCAUGUACCAGUUCCACUACAUCUCUUUCAGAAGCCUUGGUCUUUUGCAGAGCUGGAUCAACGAUCUACAGCGCUCCCAUUACCUCGAGCCGCCCGUUAUACCUCGUCGUAGGGGCCAAAUGAACCCCUGUUUAGGUGCCGAUGGCCUCUACGGUGUAGCCUUCUAUCCGGCCCUUCCGGUCAAAUCCAUUAGCAUGGAACAGCUUGAGCGACGCAAUGCAACAAUUGAACGUUUUAAAAAAGAAGAAACACGACUGGAUGCCUUGAACCGUGCCUUAAGCGAGACAUUAGAUGUUAGCCAAUCGAGGCCUAAUGUUCGUGAUCUCGUCAUUCAAGGCUCCAGCAUCGCGUACAGCCAAACAGGUGAACACAACAUUGCAAAGGAGGAACCAGUAGUUGUUCUCUCUAUUGACGCUGAAGGCACUCACGAAAAUCCAAUUUCGUCCCGUCACGCGAAACUCUAUGAUAGCCACGGGACAAUCGAGAUGCCGAUAGUACGCGAGUUCACAGACAAUGCCUGUCCGGGCUAUUCGCAACUUCUGCCGCACGUACCUGAAAAUCCUUUUAACAACAUCUUACUCAUCGUGGCUAUGACGGCCAUGCGCUACGAAAUGAUCCCUAUGUUCGAAGUCGUUUACCGUGAACACUUUCGCAACAUCCUUUAUUGUGGCAGUCCUCACGACUCCAUUGAAAUCUUCUUGCGCAAGUAUCAACUGUCGGAAGAUCGCUCCUUCUCCUUUCUGCCAAUUCAUUCCAAAUAUACGUACGAGUGUCUUCUGGGUGCCCUUGAAAUGGGCUACAAUGUCGACGGAUGGAUCAUGUCGACCGACGAUGCCCUUAUCAACAGCUGGAACAUCCGCAACAUGAACUUUUCGAAACUCUGGUACAGCGGCGAUUACAAUAUCCAAGUCAGUGGUGCCAACUGGAAAACCUUGGAUCCUGGAAGCCAGAAAUUACCAAGGAGCCUGGACGGCGUGCAAAAAGUACUCGAAUUUCUCAAGAGCUCGUUGAUUGGCUCAGUUUUAAUAGACGAUGGCGGCAGCAUUGGUAGCCGUGGGAAUCACGAGCAUCAUCAUCAUUACAGUCCGUCCAGAAUAACCAAACGGGGAGCGGAAAUUGGAACAGGCAAAUUUCAAGACAAAUUGCUGUUGGAGAAAUCAGUUUCGGAAUCUCGGAAUCAUACGCUGGAACCGCAUGAUGAUGAUGCCACAUCCGAACUUUCAUCAGACCAAAUGCCUCAGUUAAGUGGACGGACAUCAUUUGACGUGAUCGAGAUGAGGAAAGCUGUAAACGGCAGCACAGCCCCUCAACCUCGAAAAUUAUCUUCUUUAAAUUACUUUAUUGAUACUGGAGUGAACAAAACUGCAAUCAACGUUGAAUUGAUCGAAGACGAGGCAACUACCACAAAAGUUAAAUCUGAAAACCAAGAAAUUGAAGAUGCCUUGGCCAAACCACUGAACACUACAUCGAUUAAAUCAGUUGAAAUUGAUAAUCCCACAAUUCCAGCAGAAGAUGAGGACAUAACAUCCAUGGAAAUUGAACGAUCAUUCAUGAACGUGCACAGCUCCGAUUUAGGCAAGUCUGACGAAAUUGGUGAUGUUGUGUUACCACCCGUGGCUGGCGACGUGGAAAUCGAGCUACCUUUAUUAUCCACCCUUCAAAAUACAACCUCUGUUGAGGCUGACCUAAUUGAAGCUGUCGAGCUAAUAGUUUCUGAAGAAGACGUAUUUCCCACUGAAGGCGACGACCUAAGUGAAAGUGAAACAGAAAGACCUGUUUCUGAGGUUUUGCGCAAACUUCUCGUUGCUACUCGCAAUACAACCAAUCUGGAACAACCAGAUUUGACCGAGGUCAUCGAGACAGUAAGCAACGUUUCUACACAGCAUAACUCAUCAUCAACGAGUUCUGCAGAAAAGCUAUCCAAUUAUACCAACUCACCUCCUGAGCUUACUGUCAUUAUCGAAGAGAUAUUAGCAGAAGAUAUUCAGAACAAACCUGUUUCGGAUAAGCAAGAGAAUCCCAUGGUCGACUUGCUAGAACAUCAGAUAAAUUCAUCAACAGAGCUGUCCGAUUCCCGAGAAAAUCCCCCACACAAUGGCAGUGUCAGUAAUUCAGAGCUCGUCAGUUCGGUCCAAAUGGAGGUCACGAAACCUGAAAGUCUUCACAAUCAAACAGAAAUUGUUGGAUUAGAGGUUGCCAUUGUUUCCUCUAUAUCUCACAACGAAACGUCGACACCUGUCAUCGUUGAAGAGCACAAGCAUUCAGAAGAGUCGACUACAACAUCCAAAACGACGUCAUCGCAUACCCGAAAUCAUCCACCAACGAUAUCGGGAGAAGAAGAGCGGAAGAACGCUGAGUCGUUACAUGUUGGUGACACUUUAUCGACCUUGAAAGAGCUGUACACGUUGAUCAAAGAAAAUCUGGGAGUUCGAUCAGAUGAUGCUGAGGACGUCAGAUAUGCUGACACAGCAUUUUAUGGCGGCGAUCGCGGAUACCGAUUGAAUCCGAAAUCGAUACACCAAUUCCGAUGUGAGAAAGGCACUAAUCUCGAGUUUUGCAAAGUUUCGUCUGAAUUUCUUUACCAACUUUCCGACAACGUUGGCAAAGACUUCCGAUUGAUUUAUGACAAAGUGCCAAUGUACUACAUUCCCAAGAAGGACCAGCUAAAGUUUUAUCUUCUCAGCAAUCUCAUGAUGCAACAUGGCGUCACCGACGAAAUUGCCAUUCCGCUCAUACUGUCUGGCUUGGGGCCCGAAAAGGAAUGGGUCAAACUGGAGAAGUCCUAUUUUGGCGGGUUAAAGGGUCGAAAUAGCGACGCUUCUACAAGUAAAUAUCCAUUGUUCAACACCGCAGCCGCCGUAUUAUACCCGACAGAUUUGAACACAGUUACCACCGAUCCAAAACUUCAAAAGAUUUUCUGCUUGAAAUACUUGUUGCGAGUUCUUCAGUUGUAAGAGUCCAACUAUGGAUGUUUCAGUUUGUAGUCUCACUGCUACAGUCCUUCCAAAAGUAUUCGAACAAGCCUCUGAUCGCAUUUAUCAUCACAAGGACUUCCUUUACUUUAUCAGGAAUUAGAUAGGUGAAGCGACACGUAUUCAAGUUGUUUACUAUAAUGCUGUUUUAUAUUUCCAAGAUAUUCUUGUACAAGAUGUUUAAGCUUUUUACUUACGCUGGUACGAAAAGAAUUUGCUUCUUUUGACGGAAAAGCAAAACGCCGGACUUCUCCAAAAAGUAACUACAAAGCGAAAAACUGCAGGUUUCUUACCUGUUCAACAUGUGAUCUAACUUUAUCUCGCCAAGCAUUGGCUUAUUUUUGCGUGGGAUAAUGCAUCGUGCAUGAUGCUGUAAGCCAGCGUAUGCCAUGUCCGUAGUUAUAUGGAAGGCCUACUGUCUGCAAUGGUGGUUUAAAAAAUAUAUAAAAGUUUAUCAUAUUCUAUUUUUGUGUAUACUGUAUGCCUUACCAUUUGUAUCGUCUAUGAAUUUCAAAUAGAAAUGUGGUUAUGUUUUGAAACAAUAAUGCCACUUUCUUUUCUUAUACAGCGUAGAUGUGUUGAA